CUUUGACAUCUCUUUUACCAUAACACCAUCAUGCCUCCUUUCCGUUUUAACAUUCCUUUCUUCUCUUACGGCUCUCCUUCUCGUCCCUCUUCAGGGACUUCUUCUCCAUCACCACCACCAACUCCUCCUCCAACUUCACGCCCUCCUUUUCGUCCCGGUGGCAUUGCUCAGCCGUCAAAGCCAGCCACGUCACUAGAAACAAAGCCAAAGGUGUCACCUUCGCUUUCUAGGGCUAAAAGCAAUGUUGCUGCCACUGCAGCUUCUUCUUCUUCUGCGUCUCAGUUGCCUUCUCGCGGUGCAGCCACGCCCUCUCGGUUGGCGAAACAGAGUAACCAUUCUGAUUCUCCGGCGAAGAAACCUGAGAGGGCAGAGGAGCAAAAGGUGGCGAUGAAAGAUCAGCCAUCGAGAGAAGUUAAAAAAGAAGCUGGUGAGAAUAGCAAUCCGGUAGUAGAGAAGCCUCAGGGUGCACGUUCAGAACAAAAAGAAGCAAAAGAAGCUCAAGAGCAGAGGAAAAUGAGAGAAGUAGAGAAGCUUGCGGUGGUAGAUAAAGAUUCAAAAACAGCUCAGAAGAGUAAAGAAACCGAGAAACUUGCACUGGAAGAAAAGAAGAAAGGUCUUCAAAACAACAUUGAAGAGAAAACAAAAACAGCUCAAAAAACAGAGAAACUUGCGGUGGAAGAAAAGAAGAAAGGUCUUCAAAAGGACAUGGAAGAGAAAACAAAACGAGCUCAAGAAACAGAGAGACUUGCGGUGGAAGCAAAGAAGAAAGGUCUUCAAAAGAGCAUUGAAGAGAAAACAAAAACAGCUCAAGAAACAGAGAGACUUGCGGUGGAAGCAAAGAAGAAAGGUCUUCAAAAGAGCAUUGAAGAGAAAACAAAAACAGCUCAAGAAACAGAGAAACUUGCGGUGGAAGAAAAGAAGAAAGUUCUUCAAAACGACAUGAACGAGACUUCAAUGACAUCUCAGGAACAGCUGAGGCCUAAGGAAACCGAGCAGAAGAGAAAUGAAACAGAGAAACUUGCCUCGGAAGAAAAGAAAGCAGGUCAAGAACAACAGAAGAUAAAAGCAACAGAGAAACUUGCGGCGGAAGAAAGACAAACAUCUCUUAAAACGGUGGGUACAGAAGACGCAACGCAAAGCAAAACAACACAACAUAUCACCGCAGCAUCAGAAUCCUCGAGAGGGUCGAAGGAUCUACCAAUCAGAAACACUCAAAACAGAAUAGAGAAUCACACCGAUGAAAAUAAUCAAAAUUCCAAAGAAGGAUCAUCGUCAAUGAGCAGAAAGAUCAAAGAAGACAUCAGAGACGGACUCAGCAAGCUUACUUGGGGGAAAAGCAACGGUGACAACGAGAAAUCCGUGAGUGUCUAUACCCUAACAGGGGAAAACAGAGGAGCCACAAUGGCAAUAGGUUCAGGAAAAGACAAGAAAGAUGGUGAGGUUCAUAUUCGCCGUGGAUAUAAAUCUAAUCCAGACGAGAGCCCUGAGACCACAGCUACGGAAACAGAAGGAGGAACAAAACCUAACCCUAAAGACGAAAAAGAAGACGCUAGGGUUAGGGCAUACGUAAACGGAAACAGUCAAGGGGUUAACAACUCGAUUAUAUGCGAUAGUUCAGUGCAACAGAAUGAUCCAGGAAUUCAUAUGAAUAUGAAGUUUGAAAAAUCUAAUAAGAAGGAUGAAACUAUUAUUAGUCCACCGGAGAAUGUGGUGGAGAAAAAACCGGUGAUGGAGAAGAUGAAGUAUGAGCCGAGGGUGAGGAGGAGAUGCUUGAGAGGGUUACUUGCAGAGUCGAGUGAGUCGGAUCCGGGGAAUCCUUCCAAGCCUAGGAGACAUGGUUGCCGGUUUACCUGUAAAGACAAAGAUAUAGAGAACACUUAAUUAUGUAAUAAUUUUUAAGAAAUAUGUAAAUGUUUAAUUAUGUAAAAUUGUAAAAUGCUCCAUUUGAUCAUUGGCAAAAGGACACAACAGAACAUGGAGUAUGAUUUGUGCAUAUGUUGUUGUUUAUUCAAUGAAUCGCAC